UCAGAGAGAAGCUCCGAGAAAGUGACAUUUCACAUCUUUUCACGCGCUGUUUAUUAAACACAUUUAAUGAUUCUCAAACGACACGAGAAAGUAAACAUGCAAAUACCGAUGAGGCGCGAGUUUGCUGGUGCAUUUAGGAAAUAAUUGCGUUUGGUGAUGUUUACUUUAUGCACGCCUGAAGCAACAGCGUUAUAGAGAUCGAUAUUAAGACAGACUUAAGGUUGAGUUAUGGGAUCGAAGCUGAGCAGGCAGAGCAGUUUGGACGGCCAGGCGACUUUUUUUCGGAGGGGACGCCAGCAUCAUGACACGGAGAAGAUGGGGAGAAGAGGAAGAGAAGAGUUGUUCAGUUCUUUGAUGGUCCGGUCGGACAAGCUGCCCGGGAUGCUGCGCAAAUCCAGUCCCAGUCCGUAUGUGCGCAGAGUGGCUUGGGUUCGGGAACUCCAAACAUUGCUGAAAGAAAACAAGGUGGAACAAGCCACCGACGUGCUGAAACUGCUUAGAAAGGACUUGGGUCUUGAGGGAACAUCUCUUAAUGAGAUCCUCUACAAAAAUGCAGCCUUCCUGAACUUGGUGGAUCCAAUUUCCCAUGAGCUUCUACUCAGUUUGGCCCGGGACAUGCAGUGUCCGAAACGGGAGUCUGAUGCUCUCAAGUCCACUGAAAAGAUCUGCAGGCAGCUGGUCUAUCACCUGACCCCACACUCCAAGUGGAGCAAGCAGAGCGUGCCCAGGAGGAAAUCUCAAGCUUGUCUUAAAACUACACUGAAAAAGAAGUUAGCUAAUGAUACCAUGGAUCUGUCUGGUAUCCCUCUCUCUGGACGUGAUUUGCAUCGUGUGGCCAACUACCUUCAGAACAACGGUUCAUCGGUAACGGCAGUGGACCUCAGCUUUACGGAGCUCUUGGACGAGAGCCUCAGACAUCUAUUACCAUUCUUAGGGGUGCUACCCAAACUCUACACGCUUGCUGUCAACGGAAACCGACUAACUGUGGCAAUCCUUAAAGACCUGAUAGAGAUGGUCAAGGACCCCAAGAAGUUUCCCAGUUUGGCCUGGGUGGACAUAGGAAACAACGUGGACAUCUUUACUGUCCCGCAGCCAUUGCUGGUCGCUCUCCGCAGGCGCUUUGGAUUGAGAAGUAGCCUUCCAACCAUUUAUGAAUUUAAUGAGAAUCAAAGCAGUAGCUACUAUCUAGACACUUCUACUGAAGACAAUAGUGUGUUUGAGGAGAAAGAGCAGGAGGAUGAGCUGGAGGACCAUCUGGUUUUGGAAUCCUUGAAUGUGGAAAGGAGGAGUGAGAACAUUGCAUUGCAUUUCUGUGAGAGAUGAUGGGCCAUAGAUCUCUGUUGCUCUAAAUGGUUCUCUUGCUCUUAUUGCCAUGGUGUGGUAAUUAAACCCUAAAAGGAUGUCAAAAAGAAUGGCGCUGUUAAAUCAAGAGUCUGAAGGUGUGAAUUUGAAAGGUUGAAAAUCUCUGUGCCGUUCAAAUACAGACUAACCAUGACGAUAAUCAAUAAGGACAAAGAUAUUUCAAAUUUUUGGCUCUUGGAACAUUUCAAAUAUUUUUUUUACACCAGCAGCUCCUGGGCCUCUGAUCUAAACAUUCACAUAACUGAAUGCUCUUCUCUGGGUAAGCUUUUGUCAAGAGAUGAUUUGCCUCAAUUGGAGUGGAGCUGAGAGCAGAGCUAGGUGAGAGAGGAGAAUCCAAGGGCUGGUGUGUGUGUACUGGUAUUCAUCAAUGUCCUCACAAAGAUAGUAAUACCAGUAGAUUUUGACCUUUUGGGAAAAAAAUGUAGGUCCCCAUGGGGUGAAACAGCGUAUAAAUUAUACAGAAUGAUAUUUAUUGAAAAUUAUAAAAUGUAGAAAAGUUUGUGUGUUCAAAUCAAUGGACGUUUAUGGAAUGUCCCCAUAAAACAUGACAACCACUGUGUGUGUGUGUGCGUGCGUGUGUUUAUAUGUAAAAAUACAUUUAAAUGUAUAUGUCUAAAUGUAAACAUCAGCUUAAGAUUCAAAUGUAGCCAGAACUCAUUAGAGAGGACCAGACGUAUGGAUGGCCAGGAGACUUGCAAUGUUACAUAGCUGAAGUGAUUAUUUUUUUAUUAAAUCUCACCCAGCUUGCAACAUAUUUCACUAGCAGAGAAAUCAACAGCUGUGUGGUGUUUUUAAGGUUUUAUAACACAUUUUGUUUCAUUUAUGUCAAUACUUUAUAUUUAUAUAAUAACUUGUUUCUGAGCUAAACUCUGUAUUCUCAUGCUGUGAGUGUGUGAGCGUGUCAAUGCAUGAGUGUUCUACAGUAAAUGUGACCUUUGAUGCUGCCCUUCGCUCCACAGGAGGUACCUACGUGGUUUCCUUUACAGACGAUCUGUCUGAGUUGCACUUUACAUAGUAGGCUUUUCCUGUUGGCUGGUCAUCUCCAGUUUUUGACCUUUCGUGGUCCUGUGUAUGACUCCGGCAAAAUUAUUUGGAUUGUAGUAUGCAUCAAAUGUAAAUGUCACAAAAUGCACCUUUAAAAAGUUGCUUCAAAAGGUGUUUCCAUGCCUUUUGGUACCAUAAAGAACCUUUAACAUAUGAAGAACCUUUCUGUUUCAAAAAAGGUUCUUUUUGACAAAACGGAAUCUGAUCAAUCCGAUUAUAAAUGUAAGAAAGAGAUGGUUCUUUAAAGAACCUUUGACUGAAUUUUUCUUUUAUUGCAUCGCUGUGAAGAACCUUUUAUGCACCUUUAUUUUCAAAAGUGUGUUUGACUUUUUUGGAUUAUUUAAAGCACCUGAAGAGAAUUUAUUCUGUAUCUUUAUAACAAUUUUAUAUGUAAAAAACGACAUGAUCAUGGGUUUGUUUUCAAGAAGCCCAACUUAUGUCUUAUAUAACGCACAGUAUGUUUUUUUUUUAUUAAGUGUCUAAAUUUGUGCUGAAUGCCUUACUAUAAAAGUAGACAACAGAACAAUCAAUGGAUACGUUGAUGGUUAAAACAUGGUAUUGCCAGUGCACUUCUGCUUUGCUCUCCUGUAAACACAACUAAAGUCCUAUUUUAUUGAGAAGCUUGAUCUUGUCUCUAUUUUCCUGUUCCAUUUCUCCUCUUAGUGUGAUAAAUUCUCACAAUUUCUCAGUGUCUGUGUUUGUUUAAUGAGAACAGUGCUCAGCGUUAGCAGACAGCACUUUCUUAAUGAGACUCUGUAAGUCAUUUCAACAGCUGACAGGGUUCCCAGCCAUCACCUGAUCUACUGCACCACAUUUUCACUAAUCUGGUUUUCUCGUUAUUUUUCUGUAGUUCUUGUAAAUAAUAAA